UCGGGCUCUUUAUAACUUUCUAAGCCAUCAUUGUUUACCCACUCUCAGUUCUAGGGUUUCUAUUUUCCGACAAUACCAAUGAAGAAAUGCGAUGAGAUUGAAGUCUCCUCUAACGAACAAGGGCUUAAAGGGUCUUGGUUCAGAGCCAUUCUCGAAACCUCUGUGUCGGUAUAUGGAAACAUAAGGAUUCACCACCAGAUCUGUUCCAGAUCAAGACAGCAUUUUGACAGGGUCGGACGAGUAUGGGACAGACCACGAAAGAAGAGAUUUCUAUAUAAGACAUUAACAUUUAGCUGUGGAACCAUGGUGGAAGUGAAUGACACGGAUGAUGAUGAUGAUGAGGUUGAUUUGUGGGUACCAUCGGUGAUUGUUAAGGUAAUGAAGGAUAAGAAGAGUUUUGUUGUCAAGCCUUUCAAGCGCAUUAACUGGGACGAUGGUGAAACACUAAAACCAAACAGAACCGUUGGUUUAAACAGCAUUAGGCUCACACCAGUCCAUGUUUCUGUUGAAAAAAGCUAUGGAUUGAUGGAGUCUGUUGAAGUGUUUCUCGAACCGGGAUGGCAUUCAGGGACGGUGACGAGUAUCCUCUGUGAGAAUAGGUACACUGUGUGUUUGAAUGCUACUAAUGAGUCUUUGGUGUUCAAACACGAUGCUCUAAGGCCUUCAGGGGAGUCAAUAACCACACUGGUCUUGCAAGACACUAGUGAAGUAAAUGCUGCCAUCACUCCUCAAAUGUCUCUGGUUUCAGUAAACUUUAAACUGAAUCUGUUUCAUCUCUAGCCCCUUCCCCAGCCAGAUCUGCGACAACAUUGAAUCAAACAGAGGCUGGAACUGAGGGAAUCUCUGUUCAGCCGGUGAGUGAUCAGAGUGGCUUGGGAAACCAUACAACACAAGAGAAUGAGAGCAGCGGAGAAGUUAACAACAAUCAAAAGAGGAGAAGAGAACAUAACCUUAGUUCUUCUACUCCUGGUGUUUAGGCCACAACCAUUGUUUUGCCUUUUGCGAAAAAGUCACAUCUCUGGUAGUGAUUAUUGGGGAGAAGCCUAAGUAAGAAGGAACAAGAGUUCAAGGAAGUUGUAGAUCAAGAGCAGAGUCCGGUGUCUUUUUUCAGUUUUUUGAGUCAAACAAGCUGUUGUGCCAUGUGAACCUAAAUGGUCUUAGAGCAGGAUCAUCAGAAAUGAAGCUAGCUAACUAUUUAUUAAACUGAAUCUUUUGUUAGUUAAUCUGAUCUUGACAUAGUUAAUUAGUAUCAUUGACUUUGUUUUAAAGUGUUAA